AUGGCAACUUCAACAUUUACAUCUACUCAACUAGCGCAGUAUGAGACCUACAUCGCACUUCCAACCUGUUUCCACCACAACUCUGCUCCAAAGCUAGAUCUUGACUACCUCAAAGCUUUACAUGUCCAUCAAAUCGCUCGCAUCCCAUAUGAGAAUCUGACCAUCCAUUACUCUUCGCAUCAUUCCAUAAGUAUAGAUCCACAGGUUCUCUGGCAAAAGAUAGUUGGCGACGCGAGAGGAAGAGGAGGCUACUGUAUGGAAAACAGUUUGUUUUACAAUUGUGUGCUGAGGAGUCUAGGAUGGAGAGUGGAGUUGAGAGGUGUGAGAAUGAGACCUAGGAGUGGAGGAGUUCCUGGUGGGGUUUAUAGUGGUUGGGUACAUAUCGUCAACAUCGUAACACUCCCAGAUGGAGGACAAUACAUGUGUGACGUAGCAUUCGGAGGAGACGGUCCAACACUUCCUCUUCCAUUGACCUACACAUCCGACCCUCCCAUCUUCACUAACCUGGGAACUCAAGAAAUCCGUCUUAUUCACAAGCCAAUCCCCAAUGAACUCUGGAAUGCCGCACUACCAGACGCUUCGAUAUCACCUCAAUACGGCAUUGCCACUUCAUCGUCAUCUACGCCAAAGAAACAACUAAAAUACUACGUCUACGAAUACCGAAACUCGCCAACCCAACCAUGGAACGCCUUCUUCUGUUUCCCAGAAUACGAGUUCUACCCCCCAGAUUUCCGGAUCAUGAACUGGUGGACCUCAACCUCACCGCACGAAUCGAAUUUCCAGACUUCCACCGUUCUGAUAGUGCGGUUCUUGAUGGAAGGCCCACCUCCUGUCGACACAGGCGCGGCCAAGAUUGGAGGGAAAGUUAUGUUGGUGAAUAAUCUAGUGAAGCAGAAUGAUGGUGGGAAGACGAGAGUUAUUUUCGAAUGCAAGAGUGAAAGGGAGAGAGUUGAGGCGUUGAGGAAGUAUUUUGAUAUUGAGUUGAUAGAAGAGGAGAUUGCGGGGAUCAGGGGGAGGAAAGUUGAAAUUUCGAACAUUGAUUGCACGUGA